GUUCCAUACCAGUAUGUUUUAGCUGAUACACCAAUCCGGAAGUUGUUUAAGUCCAUAUUAAAACUUACUUGGAAGAGAUCACUAUGCUUUUUUUUUUUCUCUGUGGAUGAGUUAUAGUUGCACACAAUGAAACUUAAAGAAUUGGAAAGUUGUCUACAACAAGUUGAUACCUUUGAAAAGCCCAAAAUUCUUUUGGAGCAAUAUCCAACGAGUGCACAUAUUGCUGCAUGCAUGCUUUACACGAUACACAACACGUUUGAUGAUAUUGAGGCUAAACUCGUGGCAGACCUUGGAUGUGGGUGCGGUGUUCUCAGCAUCGGUGCGGCGAUGCUUGAAGCAGGGUUAUGCGUCGGUUUCGACAUCGACAACGACGCGUUGGACAUUUUUAGAAGAAAUGCAGAUGAAUUUGAGCUUUCCAACGUUGAUCUGGUCCAGUAUGAUUUGUGUUCAUUGAAGGAUGAAAAAUUAAGCAACUGCUUUGACACAGUCAUCAUGAAUCCCCCUUUUGGAACAAAACAUAACCAGGGAAUGGACAUGACGUUUUUAAGAGCUGCUAUAACAAUGGCAAAUACCGCUGUGUAUUCACUCCAUAAAACAGCAACACGAGAGCACAUACAAAAGAAGGCCAAUGACUGGGGAGUGAAGAUGGAAGUCAUUGCAGAACUAAGAUACGACUUGCCAGCUUCUUACAAGUUUCACAAAAAGAAAUCGGUUGACAUUCAGGUGGACUUUCUACGGUUCUCCAAAGCCUGAAGGGUUUGAUUGGAAUGGACUUGUUUGCCUCUGUACAU